GGUUUGGCAUGGAGGAUUUGAUGCCCCUAAUCCUUGCUUGCUUCUUGCUCACCUGCAAAAGGGAGCUGAUCAUAAUCCAACGCGUACCCUCCUCCUCCACCAGAUCGAUCUGCUCAACCAGCCCAGUGCGUGCCGUUGUUGUGUUGUUUUUGCUGCUCUCCCUCUCUUUUCCAAAACCCCCCCACUUUUGUCAAUUGUCUUGGUGAUUUUUGCCCAUUCUUGUCCUUUUCUGAUCAACUACGACGUAAGUCGCAUUGCACGGAGCAACUCAGAAAAGGGUCGCGAAUCCCCGUCGCGUUACUCAAGCUCCCCUCGGAGCUUCCUAGUCAAGUGCCGUUUCCACAAGCAACAGAGGCGCUCCACUCAAACCAUAGCACCAUCCAUGUACCUGGGAUACCUACCUUAGGUACCUUGGCUAAGACAGGGAUCCAUCCGGGAAUCAUCGUUUUGACCUGCAGCGAUCAUGGCGGACCCACAGGCGACUCACGCCCACGAGCAACACGACGACCUCCCGGCCGAAGAGCAGCAGCACAGAAACCCAUACUCUUCCGCCAACCGAUGGAGGCACCAGGAGUCGUCCAAGUUUGCGCGCCACGCCGCGGCCGCCCAUGCGCAGGGCUCUGCGCCCCAGCCGCGCGAGCCCGAGAACCACAGCAACUCGGCCGACCUCGCCGCCUUCCUCAACAAGACGCGCAUAACACCGGCCGAGGGUGCGGAGGCCGGAGGCUCAUCGCCUAAGGACCCCGAGACCAAGUUCACUCCCAUCGUCGUUGGCGCCGCCGAGGCGCGCAAGGAGGCGGGCACCGCGGACCACCCCGAUGUAUUCACCAGCCAGCCUGAGCCCAAGGGUGACGGCAAGGAGGUUGCCUGCGGGCCGCUGCUCAACUAUCGGCGCAUGGAGGCCGGGCGCUGGCUUGGCAGUGUCUUGAUUGUUACAAGAGGUGGUGGAAAGGUUCAGCAGCACACCCCGACGUUGGUCAUCCGGAAGCUUGGGCCCCGGGUCGCCGCCCCUAAUGGAGUUGUCCCAGCCGGCACAGAGGUAGAGGCUGCUGCAAAGGGACCGUCUCAACCUGACGACGUCACAGAUGCAGAGACGGCGGAGGUUUCAAAGCCAGAAGCUGCCAAUAAUACCGCGCCGGCCCAGACUACUGUUGCGGAAAGCACUCACGACGCCCCGGCGCAACAAGAGGGGUCGCCUGUCACGGGGUACUGUCUAUACUCGGACCCGCGCAACACCUUCUGGCGCUUUGAUAUUGAUGUCCCAGUCGAGAGUGAGGAGAUGAGGUGGGAGUAUACUCUGCCUGGCUUGCACUUCAUCAGCAAGACCAAGCCCCAAAGGAGCAUCUUUCAUGUCCCGGCAGCAUCCGAGUCGAUGCGCAUCAUGUUCCAUUCAUGCAACGGUUUCAGCGUGGGGACCGAUGAGGAGGCAUGGAGCGGUCCGGCGCUGUGGAACGACGUUCUCCGUGUUCACGAGGAAAGGCCAUUCCACGUUAUGAUUGGCGGCGGUGAUCAGAUCUACAAUGACGGAAUCCGUGUGGACGGACCGCUUCGCAAGUGGACGGAUAUCGGUAACCCGAAGAAGCGCCGUGAUCAUCCAUACCCCGAGAGCCUGCGCCAGGAAUGUGACGAUUACUACCUCAAAAACUACAUCCGAUGGUAUUCGAUAUUCCCCUUUGCAAAUGCUAAUGGGCAGAUUGCUCAACUCAACAUUUGGGAUGACCAUGAUAUUAUUGACGGUUUUGGUUCAUAUACCGAUCAUUUUAUGCAAUGUGAUGUUUUCAGGGGUAUCGGUGGCACAGCCCACAAAUACUAUCUUUUGUUCCAGCACCAUCUACCGCCUCCCGCAUCAACAUACACAUCCGAUGUCGCCGCUGUCGAGAGGGCACCUGAGGGCGGGGUCCAAGAUCCCAACCAACUUAUGGACACUUACGUGGCGCCACGCAUGACUGAAUCACAAUACAUCGUGGGAAACAAGCCUGGGCCCUAUGUAGCCGAACACUCGCACAACAUGUAUUCACGUCUGGGUGCACGAAUGGCCUUUGUCGGCAUCGAUGCUCGGACGGAGAGAACAAGGCACCAGGUCAACUACCCAGAGACAUACGACUUGAUCUUUAGUCGCUUGCGAGAAGAGUUGAGCGCCGCCAAGCAACAGGGCCAACCCAUUCGGCACUUGAUAGUGCUUCUGGGUAUCCCCAUCGCCUAUCCGCGUCUCACCUGGCUUGAGAACGUCUUCUCCAGCCCAUUUCUUGGCCCGCUCAAGUUGCUGAACAGGCGGUUCGGGUUUGGAGGUGGCUUCUUCAAUCAUUUUGACGGCAGUGUUGACCUGCUGGAUGAUUUGGAUGACCACUACACGGCGCGAACACACAAGCGAGAACGAAACAGCCUCAUUGAGCGGCUGCAGGGUGUUUGCGCCGAACACUCUGUCCGCGCCACCAUCUUGGGCGGCGACGUUCACCUGGCGGCAUUCGGUCGCUUCUACUCCAACCCGAAGCUCGGGAUCCCCAUUGAGAAUGAUCACAGGUACAUUCCUAAUGUGAUCUCGUCAGCCAUUGUCAACAAACCUCCCCCGGCAGCGGUCGCAAAUCUACUUGCACGCCGCAACAAGAUCCACCAUUUGAACCGCGACACAGACGAGACGCUGUUGAAGUUGUUCGACAAGGACCCGGGCGAGUCCAGCAAGACAGCCGGGCACAACAAUGUGACCAUGCCCAGUCGCAACUUUGCAAUCAUCACUGAGAACUCGGCCAACAAUGGGAGCCAUCAACAAGCCGCGGGAUCGGGAGCUACACACCUCGCUCCCCCGGGGGCUGCGAAUGGCACAAAUGGCACAAACGCCAGUGCUGCCAACGGAAACACGAGCAAUACCCACUUGGCUCCUCCGGGAUCGUCCGCUGGUGCUAGCGCCAUCACCUCGGCAGCUUCGUCGGUCCGCUCGCAGGUCCCCGGCAAGGACGGGCACUACCCGAUCAGUGCAGGCGAGACGGGAUGCGGUACGACCCACCGCGCCGCGACGGCAAAGCACGGCACGGCGACGGACGGCAGCCUGGACGUCUGCAUCCGCGUCGAGAUUGACAACUCGGACAAGAAGGGCACCACGCAGUCGUACGGCCUCUCGAUCCCGGUCCUCGACUUUGACGCGGCGCAGCCCGCGCACAGGAGGACGCUGGCCGAGGCUGCCAAGGCUGCCGUCUCGGCCGGCCAUACGGACACGGCGGCGGACGGCAAGCAGAAGACCGAAAAGGGCGCUUUGGCUGGACAGAUCAACGGGAACGGACAGGCUGCCGAUGGGGCCGCCGCUGCGGGGAGCGCUCCGGUCGCUGCUGUGAAUGGUCACAAGACGCAGUAGGGUAAAGGGGCUAAUAAUAGUGGUGGGUUGUUGAUAAUGUUGGUUGUUUUUGAACGAUAUCCCCUUUUUUUUGCUCAAGUUGCUACUUGAUUUCUUUAACUCGUUUCGUUGAGCAGCAUUGCUGUACCUAUUGGAUAUACAUACAGCUUGAGUAUGCAGUGUUUAGCAUUGGACAUUUUGGUCUCUAGACAAGUGGUGGCAAUGAUACUUGUACACUUUGUUGUCCACCUUUCCGCCUGUCUCUGGUUUGUUUUUGCCAGAAAAUUAACAUCUACAGUACUCACAAGACACAAGUCUAGGAUGACUGCAAGGGCCACCCAAAACAUAGUUACACAUCUG